GCUAAUAAUUGAAAAAGCCCUUAUUCGAAGAUUCCUCUGGCGAUUCGAAGUAGCUUACGGCGGCGGAAGAACGAUGUCGACUAACACGACGAGCGAUGGGGAUUUCGGGACGGCUUCAGUGGCGGCGGAGAUGGCUGAGGCUCAAUACGUGAGGGCGAAGACUUCAGUGUGGUGGGAUAUAGAGAAUUGUCAAGUCCCAAAGGGUCUUGAUGCUCAUGGAAUUGCUCAGAAUAUUACUUCUGCGCUUCAGAAGAUGAACUAUUGUGGUCCUGUUUCUAUCUCUGCUUAUGGUGAUACUAAUCGCAUCCCUUUGUCGAUCCAACACGCUCUUAAUUCCACCGGAAUUGCGCUCAACCACGUCCCUGCCGGCGUGAAAGAUGCGAGUGAUAAGAAGAUCUUAGUGGACAUGUUGUUCUGGGCGUUGGACAACCCUGCGCCUGCAAAUUUUAUGUUAAUAUCAGGAGAUAGAGACUUCUCCAAUGCUCUUCACGGAUUGAGAAUGAGACGUUACAAUGUUCUAUUGGCACAGCCUCUCAAAGCAUCAGUGCCACUUGUUCAUGCUGCAAAGACUGUGUGGCUUUGGACAAGCCUAUCUGCUGGAGGAAUCCCUCUUACACGAGCUGAAAGCUUACAACUUGUUGCGAACCAGACGACCCCAACAUCUGGUUCAGAGAUGCCAACUCAGGAGUGUAUUCCAUCAAGCCAACCUCUGGAUUCAAAUUUUGACUCCAGGAGAGUCUUUGACAACAAACCCAAGGUGAAAUACCUUUCAAAACAAUCAAAUCAUCAGUCUGUCAUGCCAAAGGCUCAGGAAACUAAGCCUAACAAUAACUACCGUCAGCAACAGAACACUCAAGGGAAACAGUUUAAGAAAGCCCCACAUGAGUUCUUUGGCAGUAGCCAGCCAUCUGUUUCCACUAGCAGACCUCCUCCCAAUUUACCCUCUAGCAAUGUUAACACUUUCCCUGGUAAUGUGAUGACUAAUCCUCAGAAUCAGAAUCAGAAUCAGAAUCAGUACAAUUAUCCUCCUCGACCUGGUCCUUUCCCUCCCAGACAACCUUACCCUAACCCUGAUCCUUCUUGGAAUAAUGGAAAUAGCAUCCCAAAUCAUGCUCAGAACUAUUAUCCCAAUGCUGGCAGACCAGGUGCUUCUAAUAUGCGGCCACCUUAUGGUAAUGUUUUCCGUCCUUACCGCCCAGAGAAUCUCAAUCCUCCUAUUGGUAAUGGUUUCCGUCCAAUGCAGCACCCGCGAAAUGACGGGCCUAGGUUUCCGUCUCCACCUCUCUUGACUGCACCUGAUAUCAGCAAUCUAAGUGUGUCUCAAUAUCCUAGUCAAACUCAAAAUCGUCCUAAUUUCAAUCCUCAAGUUAGACAAGAAUUCAGACCAAAGAUGGAAUCCUCAUAUUCUCAUAAUGGUCCAAAUAAGGGUUAUAUUCCACGGACUAGUAGUGCCCCGGUAACGCAUUCUACGACAACCACUGGCUACACCAACUCUUCCAGUCCUGGAGUUCCACCUUCUCAGCCUCCAGUGGUUACUGGAUCUGGUUCUAGCAAUGGUAUGUGGGGAACACAAGAGUGUCCUCCACCAUCUGAGUAUGUUCAAGGCCUUAUAGGCGUUAUCUUACAUGCUCUAAACAUCUUGAAAACUGAAAAAGUUAUGCCUACCGAGCCAAAUAUCUCGGAUUGCAUUCAGUACGGAGAUCCAAAGCAUCGCGGUACUGACAUAAAGAAGGCUUUGGAAAGUGCAUUGGAGCAUCAUAUGAUCGUGGUGACAAAUGUAGGUAAACUAAAGCUCUACAUUGGCAAAAAUGAAGCUCUUUGGAACUGUGUAAACCCUUUAGGGGCAAACGCUAAGCAAUACCCAAAAGCAACUUGGGAUAGAAUACAAGAGUUUCUAACCUCUUCUUCUGGUCGUGUGGCGUUUACGGCAACUCAGUGCAGGUAUGAAGCUGCACAAGUUCUGAAAAAGGAAUGUCUAAAAGAGCUUACUUUAGGUGACAUACUACAGAUCUUGAAUAUAACGGCAACCACAAAGAAAUGGAUUACUCAUCAUCAAACCGGAUGGAAACCAAUUACUAUUAGCCUUGCUGCAGAGACAAAAGAGACAACAAACGAGACAGCUACUGAAACGGAUACAGGUAUCCAAACCGUUGCCUGAAUUCAAUCUUUGUUCCAUGAAAUACCGAAGAAGAUGUAGUAGCAGCCAUAAAUAGAGCAUAUAUGGGUACUACCUUGAAUACCUAAUAUAGAGAGCACUAAGACAUGGAAAAGUAGUGUUUUCCAUAUCAAAAACUUCAGAAUGAGAUGAUUCUGAAGUCUAAGUACUAGUUCCUUGGUAGUAGUAGCACUUUUUUCAUUUUACUUUCGUUGGUUCAGUAGUAAGGAGUCAAAGGCUAAAAAUUUGGGGGUGGUUAAAGUUUGGACCUAAAUGUCAUGUACUAGAACAUGAUUGGGUUCAUAAAAACCUUAGUGUUGCCAUCAUCAAGAAGAUUGCACAAUUUCAUGAGGAGGAUGUGAUUGGGAAUCUCUGCAUCACCAAAGUUUCUGCAUUUGUUACGUCAAUCUGUUUCUUUUGGUCUUAAGAGGUUACAGUUAUUUUCGUGAUAUUCCACUGUUGUUGGGGAAAAUAUCUGUAAUUUUACCUCUUUUUUCUUUUUACCUACUUAUGUCUCUUAUUUAUGUUUAUGUAUGAAGUUAAUUUCUACUGGUACUUUUAUUUAUCAUA